AUGCUGGUGUACGUGCUGCAGCGAGCCCGCACUGCCUUGACGGCAGACAGCAUUGCGUAUGCUGCCCUUGCACUCGUCUUAUCAUUGGCUUCCCUCAUCGUUGGUUUGCUAUGGACCGCUCCGGGCUUCACGACGCGGCGUCAACUACGGCAUCUGCGCCGGGUCACGGCCUCCAAGAAGAAUAUGCAGGACCAGUACGAUGAAAAGUACGCGGCAUCCGAAGGAACACCAACUACCGGACCAGUGCGCAUCAAGGCCAUUUUUAUACACCCGAUCAAAUCAUGCGGCCCCGUCGAGCUGGACCGGGCCGUCGUGACCAAAGCCGGGCUCCUCCACGACCGCUGCUUCUCCUUUGCCGUCGACGCCGCGGACGAGAAGCGCUCCGACGACACGCGCACGCUGCACUUUAUCAGCCAGCGCACCAAGCCGCAAAUGGCCCUCAUCAGCACCGAGCUGUGGCUGCCGCGCGAGACGAGCAGCAGCAGCACGCAGAACGACGCGCUGGUGCACGCCGGCGGUGCCGUGCGCGUCACAUUUCCCGACCCUGAGCCGGCCGGGCUCGUCCGGCGUCUACAAGCCUGUCUCGAGCAGGGGCGCUGGAACGCGACGCCGCAGUGUACCUUGAACGUCCCGCUGACGCCGACGCUCCGGUACCUGAGCGCGUCGGAGCUGACGCCGCGGCCGUUUACGAUUCACGCGCGCGAGGCGCACGGCAUUGACAUGGGACGCGUCGGGGCCGUGGCCGCCGCCCUGCCCAAGCUGAAGCGGCUGCUCGGCUACCAUGAGCGGCGCACGCUGACGCUGCUGCGCUGCACGCCCGAGACGCUCACGCGCACCGACAAGAACCUCGCGCCGCUGUCGCGCAUCGGCUCGCGCGCGGUGCACGGCUACACGGACCAGCAGCCCGUCAACAUCAACAGCGUGGCGUCGGUGCAGGCCGUGUCUCGCCUGCUGCCCGCCGAGAACCGGCCGCUCAACGCGCUGCGCUUCCGCGCCAACCUGUGGAUCGCGGGCGCCGCCGCCUACGACGAGGAGUCGUGGACUCGGUGCCGCGUGCGCGGGGAGGGCGCCGGCGCUCUGGCGACGACGCUCUCGGUCGUCUGCCGCACGUCGCGGUGCACCAUGCCGAAUGUCGAUCCGGCGCGCGGCACGUUCUCGGCGCAGCGCCCGGACGAGGGCAGGAGCAAGGGCCGUCCGCAGCCGACGACAGCGCUGGUGCGGCAUCGCAUGGUGGAGAAUGGCAAUGCGGCGGCGCUGGGGUAUCUAGGGAUGCAUGCCGUGCCGGAAGACAGGGAUCUGAAUGCGGCGCGGGAGAAGCGAGUGAAUCUGGUGAUUUGUGUUGGGGAUGAGAUUGAGGUGCUGGAGCGAGGGGAGCAUGUGUAUGGCUCUACGGGGGGGUUGUACUGA